UAGGACCACACUUUGAGAUAAUAAAAACAGCAAAGCUACCUCUAUACGCCGAAUUGUAGAAGGCAACCCUCCACCCACUCCUCUUUCUCUGUCUCCUUCUUUUUCUGAUGCUCAUGGCUAAUAGUAAAUCAAAGUCCAAACAACUCCAUGAAGAAUCAACGGAAACCACUAUCAAGUAUAGAGAGUGCAGGCGUAACCAUGCAGUCUUGAUUGGUGGCUACGCAGCAGACGGGUGUGGAGAGUUCACACCAAAAGGUGAUCAAGGUACUAAAGAAGCUCUUCUUUGUGAGGCCUGUGAUUGCCACAGAAAUUUUCAUCGCAAAGAAUUAAUUAAAAAUGGUACCGCUUUUCCUGGUAGCCAACAUUUUCCUUCUCCAUAUGGACUACGCUGUCCUAUGGGAAAAGAGAGGAAUGUUUCUGGGUUUUAUUAUCCAUUACCUGCAGUAUCUUCACAGCCUUCACCUUCUCCUUAUUGUCACCAUUGCUGGCAGCGGAAUGUGCAGAGUUUGGUCAGUGAUGAAGAGUCGGUGAUAUAUAAUGGAAGCGAGAAUGAGAUGCAGACAAAGACAGGGAAGAGACCUAAAAAGGGAACCCACAUAAAUGCCGAACAAGAAAAGAGCGGCCAUUAUGAUCUCCACCGCUAAAUGUGCUUUUAGUUAGCGUAUAGUCUCUGGACGCUUAUGGGGCUUUGCCAUUCUGUGAAAAUGUCAACGGGCGUUCCCUCUCAGGUAAUUCAAUUGUGCUUAGGUGGUCAUCAUGAACUGUGAAUCCUUCAGUUUGGAGAUGUUUACAAGUCUCAAUUGCUCUUGUUUUUGUAUUUUUUUUUUUUUCAGUUGGGUUUUU